AUGUCAUGCUGGUGCAAAGCUCGCACUUGUCCCGACAUUCUCCGUCACGUGCCGGCAUUCACGGUACAGGCACGACAGUGUUGUGCGAGCGUCUGGCCACCCUGCACCAUCCCGCUGUUCUGCAUCCGGCGGCCACGAAUUUCACGCUUCCGUCGAUAUUUCCUGCGCGGCGAUAUACCGGUCUCGCGCGAGUACGGACCACGGUGUGUGAAGCACUUCAUCAAGUGGCACACACCGCCCGAACAGCUUAACUAUCAGCGCUAUUUGCCACUGUUCUUCGAUGGGUUGUGCGAGUCCACGUUUCCGUACCGAGAAUUUGCACGCCACGGUGUGUGCGACCUGCUGGGAGUUGGCACCGAACGGCAGAUAUUCCAAACCAUCCCCCUGCUGAUACUGCCGAUGCGCGAGGCGUUGAAUACGAGAAAUCCGGACAUUAUAAUUGCAACAUUAAGAGCGUUACAGCAGCUGCUACGAGUCGGUCCUUCGAUUGGAAUAGCUUUGGUUCCGUACUACAGACAGUUGCUCCCGACGUUGAACCUCUACAAACAGCGACGUGUGAAUAUAGGCGAUCGUAUUGACUUUCGCGGCGGUCGACGGAUCGGUGAUGUGGUCAACGUUACCCUCGAGCAGUUGGAACAAUGCGGAGGACCGGACGCAUAUCUGAACAUUAAGUACAUGGUGCCAACAUACGAAAGUUGUGUCUAUAAUCGAUGA